AUGCUCUACACAAUGUUCGGGUACAUCAUCAUCCAGGGCUCAGCAUUUCUGGUCGACAAGAUGCCUAAGCCUCUGGACAACCCAGCGAAGGGCGCGAAGAUGCAGCGACACGAGGCCGAGUACGAGAACGUUUUCGCUCUCCUCGGGCUCUUCGUCUGCGCAGGCUUCUUCCUGUGGUACCUGUGGAAGAUGUGGAAAGAGUCGCAAGGCGGAGGCGGAGCGAUCAGCGACGCAAUCGCCGAGAGCACCAUUCAGGCCAUGCGAGAUGGCACGCUUACGCUCCGUGGGGCCAUGGCAUCCUUCCGCGACAAGCAGUGGAGCAACAUGUGCAAGAAGGGCGACCUCACAGAGGUUCUCCUUAACAAGGAGUCGAUGGAUGAAGUUCGGCGCAUGUGCAAGGUGCUGGCGCCCUUCUUCGCCAUGUACGACGCCAACGGCGACAAUGCCAUAGACUUCGAGGAGUUCCGCAUGAUCUUCAAGGAUGUUGGUGAGAACCUCUCCCGGGAAGCGCAGUACGCCAUGUUCGAUGCGGCAGACACAAACAAGAGCAGCGACAUCAGCUUCGAGGAGUUCGUGGCCUGCCUCAUGUCCUUCGCCCUGGAUCCGAACACCGACCUCCAGGAGACAAAGAAGCCAAAGUACGCCGUCAAUCCCAACAAGUACCUGGAGGACGGCGAGGGCAGCGCUGAGGGCGAAGAUGACGAAGAGGAGGAUGUGCCAGAGGACCUAGCCGACCUGGAGCCGGAAGAACAGCAGAAGCGGAUCAAGAUCCGCGCUGCUUACCAGAUGGCGCUCGGGACGCUUCUUGUCCUGGUGUUCUCUGACCCAAUGGUCGAUCUGCUGGCCGAACUAGGAGAAAGACUAGAUGUGUCUGCCUUCUAUAUCUCGUUUGUUCUGGCGCCUCUAGCGUCAAACGCAAGCGAGCUGGUGGCAGCGUACAACUAUGCCAAAAAGAGGACGUGCAAGUCCAUCACCACAUCUCUGAGUACCCUCGAGGGGGCAGCCAUCAUGAACAACACCUUUUGCCUUGGCAUCUUCCUGGGCCUGGUGUACUUUCAGAAUCUAGCAUGGGAGUUCUCAGCCGAGACCACCUCCAUCCUUUUGAUCGAGGUGCUCAUGGCUUUGAGCAUCCUUUUCCGCCGAGUCCAUAGACUACUCGACGCGUUUUUCAUCCUCAGUCUGUACCCACUCUGCUUGGCUACCGUCUACGUGCUCGACCCAGCCGUUCGUGCAGAUACAUGCAUAAAAGGAAUGACACAUCGGUGCAUGCAUGAACGAACAGGUAGUGCUUGUAUGUCGUCGGCGCGCAAACGUGCAAGCGCACCGCGAUGUGGUCGAUCGCUGACUCAACCUUGCCAUCUCUGA